AUGAAAACGCUCUUUUUUGAGGGCACUGCCCAAAGCAUUUUAGUGAAGGUUCUCCGCUUUUGGAAUGCUGUUGCCGUUCAUAGAAUGACAACCAUGAUCCACUUAGGCAGCAAACAGUGUCAAUUGACCUUGAUCACUACUUUGGCGAGCUUUUGGGGCCGUUCUGGGCACCUGACAAGUGCAACUUGUCACCUGAUCCAACAAGGGGGGAGCUUUAUUGUCUCCAUGCCCUCCCCUUCCGUGUCCCGACCUUACUCGCUGUCUCUUCCUGAAAGUGGGGAGGAGCGUCGCUUCUAUGUUGGCUGCAUAGCGCUUCCGCUCACAUACAGAAGUUUGGCUAUCGGACUCCCCCUAUCGACGGACAUCCGUCUCCCUUUGGAAAUUCCUGAACUACUACCGCGAGUGUUUUCUUAUCCGGGCAGCUUCAGGAAACGGCUCAAUUCUUUCCGCUUUCAGGUGACUGAGACGCUCAAGAUCUGCGACCGGGCGUACAUGGUCUUCCAGGGACAGGUUAUGGCGCAAGGGGCGCCGCAAGAGCUGGUGCGGAAUCCUUUUGUUCGGCAGUACUACCUAGGGGAGGGGUACAGGCAUCCAGACUUAUCAACGAACGGCGAUCGGGGCUUCUCUGACUUGGAGAAGACAGUACCCUUGCCCGAUGAUGGGAACGUCUUACGGCUUUGA